AUGCGAUUAAUUGAACCAACAAAUAUUAACUUCUACAAUGCUACAAAACAUCACCCUUUGCUUCAAAAAUUAGGCCUCAGUGCAAGCAAAUGCCCUAUUGAAACAGUUUUCCUAUUGCUAUUUACUUGGAAUCAGUGUUAUCAACAUUUCGAAAAGUCAAAAUUGUUUGAACUAUUCAAUGAUGGCCCAUCAGAAACUAGUAACCCACCAAAGGCGCCUGGUGUAGUUUAUUGGUUACUUAGUUAUGACCCAGAUAUUUUCGAUUGA